CGCCGUCGCCUGGCGAUGCAGCCGGAGGCGCUGGCCCGCGGCGUGAUCACGCAGGGGUCGGCGCAGCUCCGCACGCUGGGGCGGUCCAUCCGCACGGGCGCGGCCAUGGCGGCCGUGUUCCAGGAGGACCUGAAGAACACCUCCCGCAAGAUCUUCGACCCGCAGGACCGGAUGCUGGUGCGCCUCAACCGCAGCUUCCUCAUCUCCUGCAUCCUGUCCAUCGCCAUCGACCCGCUCUUCUUCUACACGCCCAGGAUCACCGACAGCAUGCACGGCAUCAACAUCUGCAUCGGCAUCGACCGCGAGCUCGCCGUCUUCACCGCCGUCUUCCGCUCCGUGGUGGACCUCUUCUUCGUGGCGCGGAUCGUGCUGCAGUUCCGGACGGCAUUCAUCGCGCCCUCCUCCAGGGUGUUCGGCCGCGGCGAGCUCGUCAUCGACACCAUGGAGAUCGCCAAGCGCUACUUCCGCCGUUUCUUCAUCGCCGACGUGCUCUCCAUCGUCCCGCUGCCGCAGCUGGUCGUCUGGCUCUUCACCAAGCGGGUCAGAGGCACCGCCGUGCUGGCCACCAAGGACAACCUCGUCUUGGUCAUCCUUCUCCAGUACGUGCCGCGCCUGGCCCGGAUAUACCCUCUCUCCACGGAGCUCAAGCGGACCAGCGGCGUCUUCGCGGAGACGGCACUCGCUGGCGCCGCCUACUACCUCCUGUGGUACAUGCUCGCCAGCCAUAUCGUGGGUGCAUUCUGGUACAUGCUGUCGAUCGAGCGGCUGAGCGACUGCUGGAGGAACGCGUGCGACGAGUUCCUGGGGUGCAACAGGAUCUACAUGUACUGCGGCAGGAAUCUGGAGGAGAAGGAAGACCCUGGGUUCCAAGAGUGGAUCACCAUCACCAGGCAGGUGAUCAACGAGACCUGCGAGCCCCAGAAGGACGGCGAGAUGCCCUUCAACUACGGGAUCUAUUCCUCCGCCGUCCAGUCCAACGUCAUCGGCUCUCUCGACGUCACCUCCAAGAUACUCUUUUGCCUCUGGUGGGGGCUCGCCAACCUGAGCACGCUCGGCCAAGGGCUCAAGACAACCAUCUACACCGGGGAGGCGCUCUUCUCCAUAACGCUCGCCACGUUUGGCCUCAUCCUCAUGGCCAUGCUCAUCGGAAACAUUCAGACGUACCUUCAGUCCCUGACGGUCCGGCUGGAGGAGAUGCGGGUGAAGCGCCGUGACUCGGAGCAGUGGAUGCACCACCGGCUGCUGCCGCAGGAGCUGCGGGAGCGGGUCCGGCGCUACGACCAGUACAAGUGGAUCAACACCCGGGGCGUGGACGAGGAGGUGCUCAUCCAGAACCUCCCCAAGGACCUCCGCCGCGACAUCAAGCGACACCUCUGCCUGGGCCUCGUCCGGAGGGUGCCGCUCUUCGCCAACAUGGACGAGCGCCUCCUGGACGCCAUCUGCGAGCGGCUCAAGCCCAGCCUCUACACGGAGAAGACGCACAUCAUCCGGGAGGGGGACCCCGUGGACCAGAUGCUCUUCAUCAUCCGUGGCCUCCUCGAGAGCAUCACCACGGACGGGGGCCGGAGCGGGUUCUACAACCGCAGCCUGCUCCAGGAGGGCGCCUUCUGCGGCGAGGAGCUGCUCACCUGGGCGCUCGACCCGAAAUCCGGGGUCAGCCUGCCGUCCUCCACGCGCACCGUCAUGGCGCUCUCCGAGGUCGAGUCCUUCGCGCUGCACGCCGAGGAGCUCAAGUUCGUGGCCGGCCAGUUCCGGCGGAUGCACAGCAAGCAGGUGCAGCACACCUUCCGGUUCUACUCGCAGCAGUGGCGGACGUGGGCGGCCACCUACAUCCAGGCCGCCUGGCGACGGCACCUCAAGCGGAAGGCGGCCGAGCUGCGGCGGAGGGAGGAGGAAGAAGAGGAAGGACGGUCCAACAGCUUCAAGACCACCAUACUGGUGUCGCGGUUCGCGGCCAACGCGUUGCGUGGCGUGCAUCGGCAGCGGUCCAGGAAGGCCGAGGAUGGGGAGAUCAUGAUCCAUGUCCCCGUCCCCAAGCCGCGCGAGCCCGACUUUGGUAUUGAUGACUGAUCAUUUCACUCACUAGACUAGCUGUACGAUCCAUUGUAUACCGAUCCGUUAAACAUACCUGAACCUAGCCGAUCGACUGGCCGUGAUUAAUAGAGGUCCAUUGAUA